AUGGUUGGCAUGAGAAGUGUAAAGGCAGCUGAAAUUCGAGGUUAUAUAAAGACUCGAUGCCAGCUUAGCGUAUCAGCGAAGGAGAUUUUUGACGAAUUGUGUGUUGUUCAUGGACAGAAUGAAGUGUCGUAUGCCACCGUCACGAGGUGGAUUAAGAAGUUUAAAAGCGGUUGUGACUCCAUUAAUGAUGCACCAAAAUUGGGACGUCCUUGUAGUGCUACUUCUAACACUAUGGUUAACAAAGUAUGUGAUGUGGUUAAGUCUGACGCCAGACUAACUGUUCAUCAGAUAGCUAUUAGAGUUGGUGUUUCAGCCGCAAGCGUAUUCCGCAUUCUAAAACGUAAUUUAAAAAUGAGACGUAUUACAGCUUGA